AUGAAAGGUAAAGGCAUAUCAACCGAUGCACCAAAAGAGGAAAGAACUACGAAAAGGGCCAAAGCGAAGAAAACUACCAAAUGCGCAAAAGGGAAAGCACAGAGGAACAAAAAAAGAAAACAAGGAAAAACACUAAAAGGAAAAGAGCCCUCCAGUGACGAAAGCGACGUUUAUUUUUACAACGACCUCCGAAGAUGGCAAAAUAAUGUGAAAGUACCAAUAUGGCUAAAGAAGCCAAAGGACAAAGAAUCCAUAAAGGAAUUUUACAAAAAUGUAAUAAAAAAACUGUUACGAGUAAAAAACAAAAUAAGAGCUUACAAGAUAGAAGAAGCAUACCUUAUAGAUUGUCUGCGAAAAUGUUUGAUGGACUUAAAUUUAAAUUCAAUUAGGUACCUCGAUUAUGUGAAUUACGAAAUGUUUAGGAGACCACGUGCAGGUGAGUGCAGCGAUCUUUUAAAAAAUGAUGCAAAGGAUGAAGAAAAAGGUAAAUGUUCUAAUCACACAAAAGAGGAAGUUGUUCCAGUGGGUACUCAAGAAGACAUUGCCAAGGAAUUCCCCCUCAAGGAUGACAAUUAUGCAGAUGAAACUACGCACAUUCGUGUGGACUGUCCAACAGGCAAACUAACCCCUCCAACUGCAGAAGAAAUAACUUGCUUGAUAGAAAGCUUGAAGAAGGCUCUGUCGGUGGAGCAAAAAGACAAAAAGGAAGAUCUAAUGAGGCACGUCUUCAACAAGGUAAUUAUUCCGGGGGCAUUUUUCGAAAAUAAUAACUUCUGCCCAAUUUUUAUGAACCUUCUUAAGCUAGACAUAUACAAUUCUUGUUGCUUGAGUGGCACAGAAAUGAGUCCCCAAUUGAUGAAUCUAAUUCAACUGCUGAAUAAUUUCGAUGAGGGGGUUGCGGAUGCUCCAUCCACAGGGAAGAAGCAGAAAGACCUUCCCAGCUCCAGCAGUGCUAGCACUCCAAAGGGGGAUGUCCAGAAUGCGGACGCCAAGCAGAAGGACGCCAAACAGGCGGAUUCCCAACAGGCGGAUGCCCAACAGGCGGAUGCCCCCCCAGCGAAUUCCCAACGGGUUGGUAAACACCACAACGAAUCAGAAGACAACUCAUAUAGAGAAGAUCGCCUGUUUUUCCAAAGCCAAACUUCCCUAUUCAAAUUAUCCCAGUACUGUAUAGAAAAGGGCAUCGUGGAGAAUCAGCAAGUGGCCUCAUUUGAUACCAUCUACAUUUACAACGGGAAGGAAUAUCAAUGUGGCAGCUACAAGUGUAAAAAUAAGAAGAAGAGAUUACUCUCCCAUGGAAAUUUAAAAUAUUCUCUCGAUGUCACAGAAAAAAAAAACGAAUCCUUGCAUUUUAUUAAUGAGAAAAGAGUUAUCCUGGAAAAUGAUUCUACCUUGAGGAACAGGACAAAUUGUGACAGUUUGUAUGAGGAGGAUCUGAACCACGCUCACGUGAAAAGACAAUAUGUAGAAGAUGUUACACCUGUUAAGGUAGGGAAGGAGGUUGAAGAAGGUCUCGCCAACGAGAGUGUCCCUUCUGUGAAGGCAAAGGAAACCUCAUGUGGGAGAGAAGUGCUAGAAAUUUUAAGCAAUUCUGAUGAGAAGGAGCAACUACAAUAUGGGCAGCUUGCUCCUGUGGAGAAAGAGACCAUUUCUUCUGUAGAGGCGAGUAUGAACGAAACGGACCAAUCCUUUGUCAGCGCGGUGAGCGUCGUGAAAGGGACCAACAAAUUCGAUUAUGGAGGAUGCUUUCCACAAGCUUGUACAAAUGAAGGAUGUAAAGAAGAUCCGAACAAUUAUUUACGAGAUGAUAUGCUUAAAUUGGAUGAGGGAGGGAAUGCAACAGGAGGGGAGGGAUUAGACGAAGAAUUCCUGCAUGGAGGUGAUACCAAUAUGUUUGGGACACCACGAAAAGCAACUGCACCCACGGGUACAGAAACGUUUAGGUUGUAUAAAGAGAAUGGGCCUGAAGGGAAUGGCCAAAACGUUGAAUUACCUCUGCAGGUAGUUAAGCCAGGCAUCAAGAACACAGAAAGUAACAUAAAGAUACGUAAGAGGAAGGUGUCUGAUAGUUCCCACAGUGACCAUAGUAGCCCAGACAAAAGUCAGUCCUUCUUAUUCAACACAUAUGAGCUUUUUAUGGAAAAUGGAAAAAUUAAAAAGAAUAAAAAAUUGAACAGUAGUAAUGAAUUUGAGGAUCUCCCGAUCGAGGGGAAAAGCUCCACUGAGGAAUCACACGACAGUAAAGGCAGUAAUUUUACUGGAGCACAAGUGAGGUUCCAGUUGGAAAGUAACGAGGUGGGGUGGGAUAGCUCCCUCAAUCGGAAUCAUCACAUAAUAUCGUCCUCAGAAAAAGACCUACCUACUAGCCCCUUUCCGUCGAGUAGACACUCCCAAGCGUGUCAUGACAGUGAUAUGUCUGUCAUCGUAGAAAAAAUUAACUACGAUCGGGAAAAGGAUUUCGGUUCUGGUGGAAGGGAAAUUAAUACAAUGGAGAUAUUUUCUCCCAGCAGAACAAGGACUAAGUGCAUACCAAACCUUUUGUCUGAUUUUUCUGUAGAGAAGAAAGGAUAUGCGGAUGAAAGGGAUAAAAAUGUUACAUGUGCCAUGGGGCGAUUUUGUAAUGAUACUAGUGUAAAUUGCAUUAUCGAUAUGCAUGAUUAUUUGAAGGGGGAUGGUUCGGAGUGCCUCCCCCCGAAGGUGAUUUCCCAUUCGGAAGUUAUCGUUUUGGAGGACAACGAUGAGGAAGGAAAUGAAGAUAACACGGGGGGGAGUGUCGACAGGGGUAAUUACGACAGUGUGCGCAACUGUGAAGAUACUCCCCAGACGGAUAAACGCACACCCUGGAUGAAUACCCCCCGAAUAAAUGAACUGGAUCUGAGUAUCCCUGCCGAAACACCAAAGACAAAGGAAACAGAAAGUAAGAAAGAACUCUCCAUCCUCAACAUCGACAUUAACAAAAUGAACAACGUAGUGUUGGAAGAACUUAUGGAGUUUUUUGGACUGAAGAGCAAGACACUAUCAAGGAAAACCCUCAUCACGGAAUUGACUAGGAUACAGAGCUACCUAAAUGAACAAUUUGAAAAAAUGGCGAAAGAAUACCACCUCCCGAUUUCUACACAAAAGGAUCCUCCCAAGUUGAGCAAAGCUAAAUCUAUUGAGAAGGGUUAUUCAGCCGAUUGUAGCACUUAUCGUGAUAGGGAAGAGAAGCAGAAGCGUACAAUAUGGAACAACGGAUGCAGUAGUAGUGUGAGUCAUUCGAUGGGUGUUCCCUUGGCGAAUGAUCUUAAUGCUGAGGUACAGCGCUUCUUCCAAAAUGAGGAGUGGUUCGAUGGCAGUUUGGUAGGGGGGGGAAGUACUGACCAUGUGAGUACCACCCAGAUGAUUUCGAACGAGGUGAGUACGACGCAGAAGAGCCCCCAUCCCCUGAAUGAUGAUCAAGCCAAGUCGCAAGAGGACUACCUAAACCACAUGAAAAAAAAAAUAAAACAGAUGGAAUUGAAGUUGCUAUUUGAAAGGAUUGAUGAGGCUAUUGGCGUUAAUGAAGUUCUCCACGAUCACAUUAAAAGGGAGAAAGAAAUUGAAUACUCCCUCUUGAAAAAGUAUCUAGUAGACUGCAAGCUAAGCGUUAACAGAGAAAUUGUAAUGUCGUACUGUAAGGACAAGGACAUUCAAGUUGUGUUGAAGAAAAAGACCAAGGUCUAA